AAAACGAAAUUCCGAAAAAAAGGGGUGCGAACGAGUAGCAGGUGCGGCCAAUCGAUAGGAAGCCUAUGUCGAUGAUGUUAUAUUACUGGAUAAGCAUGUAAUGAGUCCUUACAAACUGGCAACUUCUAUAACAAGCAGACUGAACAGGAUUUCUUAGGCAAAACCAGUUGCACUUGGCAGGCAUAAAGGACAAUAUUAUUAUUACUCAACACUAUUCUAUCAACUCCACCGUCGAGUCAGUCUGUUCAACAUGGAAUUAAAUAAUCCAAUUUUAAAGUUCCAUCCGAACACAGUGAUAGAAAUCAGGAAACAGUACGGCCUGGAUGCCCCCGGAAGGAUGGACGAAGCGAUCGAUAUUCUGGAAGAAUGGGUGAAGAAACAGGAACAUUUUACAGUUAAAACGUUUCCGAGAGGCAUUUUGGAAAGAAUCAUCAUAAAUAACAAGGGAUCUUUGGAGACAUCGAAGAAAAAACUGGACAAGGCCUGCACAUUCCGGACAAUUUUUCCCAAUUUCUACGAAAGUAUGGAUUUACACAACUAUAUUGGCUACAAACUUGUCACAUGCACACUCCUGCCCAAAAUGACACCAGACCACGGCAGAAUCAUUAUUUUUAAAUGUCAUGGGAACAGAUUUGAUCAAAUACAAUAUCACUACAAAUACUUUCUACUCGCAUGCGAGUACUUACAAGCCUUUGACUACAGUACCGGCCUUAGUUUCGUGGUGGACUUGAAAGAAAUAAAUAUCGUUGAAUUUGUCAGAGCAAUAAAUGUAAUGGACGUAAAAAAAGUAAUGGAUAUAGCUACGGAAGGAUACAGCAUGCGACUAAAAGGAAUACAUAUUAUAUCAGAUUCCAAAGCGGUAGACUUGUUCGCUACAUUACUGAGGCAAGUCUUGAAAGCCAAAAUUGGUCAGCGCAUUUCUUGCCACAAAUACUUGGAGUCGUUGUACGAGAUUGUACCCAGAGAUAUUCUACCGAAGGAUUAUGGUGGUGAUGAUAAAACUGUAGUUGAACUUCGCGAUGACCUAUUGAACGAAUUAUGCUCAGAAAAAAUCAUAUCGCACUGCAAGGCGAUGAACGAAGCCCGUACGAAUGAAAAUUAUCGGUUGAUAGCGGAUUUCAACGAAGAAUAUUUGGGCAUGGCUGGUACAUUCAGAACUUUGACCGUGGACUAAUGUAAACAGAAAAAAUAUAGUAAAAUUGCCGAUUUGCGAUUACGUGUAG